GCCUGGCCUGGCUUGGCCUGGCUUGGCCUGGCCUGGCCUGUGUUGCCACGGCAACAGUGGUGUGCGUAGGGCCCCGGCGGUGGUUGCCGUGGCCGGUUGGCUCGCAGGUGGCGGCCGUUGAUGGUCCAUGUCGGUCUCAACCAGGCCCGGAGGUUUUAACGCGCGUUUUGAGGGGAAAAUAGUUAAAAUCGUUAAAAGUAGAAUGGAGUUAUCAGCACUAGGUGACAAGGCGGGGCUGCCCGGGCACCGCUUAGCCUGGGUGAGCUCGCAGGGAGCGGUGUUACCGGCGGGGCCCGGCCGGGCCCGGCUCCCCACCAGGCCCUGCCCCAGCCCGGCCCGGGCCCCGCCAGCCUGUCCAGACCCUCUCCUCUCCCCGCAACCCUCACUUAUUCCCUCAAAAGCGGCAGGAGCUCUUCCUGGGGGAGCUGCUCCCGCGCUCUGAUCCUGACCGGCACCGACUUCCAGCCGCCGGUAGAAGCCCGGGGCCAAGCACGUCCCUCACAUCUCCGCAGAGACAGCCCGAACCCGUUCCUCCGACUGAAUUCCUUCUCCUGACCGAGCUCCUGCGAUCUUUAGGCCUGUCAGGCAGGCGAUAUUCCUUCCCAGCACUUCCUAGUACUCUCUCGAAUGAACUCGUUUCUCAGAGCAGGUGAAGGUGCUCCAUCGACAUUCGUUUGACAUCGUUCUGAUGAACCGAGCUGAGGUGUUUCCCAUCGUUACUUCUGGGAGAGCCGCAGCAGCGUCUCUCAUCCUCAGGCAUUCAGUGCUUAAAAUGGGGCAGAUGAACAUCUCUCUGAGAAGCUGAGGAUUACAGAGAGUUCGUGCAAAUUCCAGCUACUAAUAUGCAUACAAAAUGAACGAGCAAGACUCUUGUUGGCAACCCACAGCAAACAUUCCAGGCCUGCGUCAGUAUUUAUUCCUAUUUUUAUGAAAACUUCUGAACAGAGUGUGCCUGAGCCUUCAGGAAGCAAAUCCUGGCUUCGUCUGAGCAGAGCUGCUUGCGAUCUGUGACUGGAUUUCAACACCCCUUAACAUCAAAGCUUUUGAAGUUUCCUGGAGUGCCGCAGCCCCAACCUGCGCAGGAUGGACCCCGUUGUUCUCAGUUACAUGGACAGUUUGCUGAGGCAGUCAGAUGUUGCCUUGCUGGAGCCCCCGAACUGGCUUAAUGAUCACAUCAUCGGGUUUGCCUUCGAGUACUUCGCCAACCACCAGUUCCAAGAAUUUAGCGAUCAGGUUUGUUUUAUCAGCCCUGAAGUGGCUCAGUUCAUUAAAUGUGCCAUUAGUCAGGAAGAAAUAGCCAUAUUCCUUCAACCGCUGGAACUUCUCCACAAGAAGCUGGUAUUCUUGCCUAUCAAUGAUAACUCCAACCAGGUUGCUGGGGGCACCCACUGGAGUUUACUGGUUUAUUUCAGGGACAAAAAGUGCUUCGCCCAUUACGAUUCCCACAGUAAAUGCAACUCUGUCCAUGCCAAGCAAGUAGCAGGGAAGCUGGAGGCCUUCUUGGGCAAAAGAGGGGGCAAAGCAACCUUUGUGGAGGAGAAGACACCUGCCCAGCAGAACAGCUAUGACUGUGGGAUGUAUGUCAUCUGCAAUGCGGAGGCUCUGUGUCAGGGAUACUUCAGGGGCCAUCCAGAGCCUUUGCUGCAGCUCCUCACUCCCUCCUACAUCACGCAGAAGAGAUCAGAGUGGAAAGCUCUUGUCAUGAAACUGGCACAGAAGUGAUUGAGAUGUGCCUCCAGCCCCCUCAAAAACUGUCUUCCCUGUCCAUGAGGCAGCACCCCGAGUGCCUGAGCGAGAUGCCCAUGUGCAGGAUUGUCCCAAAGAAGAAUGUAACCCUUCCAGCAUGGCUAUACCACCCAAACACCCUGUUCCCUCCCGGAAAAGCCUUAGACUCCUCUGGAAAUAUCUGGCCUUUGAAUUUCUAACCAGAAAAGUCACUUUGCUGUCAAAGAAAUCCUCCUCUCCAUGGUGAAUUUUUACACUAAUCGCUGUGGCAAAAUGGGUCACUAAAGAGACUUCUCCACCUUUGCCCAGCAGGCAACACACCCUUGUUAGGUGGCUUUAACUGGCAUUGCUGUUCCAAGCCAGGUUUAGCAAAUGUCCUUUAAAACCAAGCCCCCAAAUGCUUUAUCAUGACUAUUUCCAGUUUGUGCCUCCCGCUAGUGGUAUUUCUGCAGUCUAGGAUUUAGCCAGAAAGAUUUUUUUUUUUACCCCUGAAAACCUGACACUGAGGUGUCAAUUGUCAAAAGACGAAACUCCAAAGGAAAUGCUACAAUUAGUUAAAGCGGGGGGGGAAUCGGCUUUCUUCGGAUAGGUCCUCCUAGGCUGUUCGGCAAUAGAAUUUUUUGAUUGCCCCCCACCCCUACUUGCUGUUAUUACAAAUUAAAAGCUGAGUCUCAACUGCUACAAGAUUAAUAGGAAGCUGAGAAACCCAAUCCUAGGAAAGGAAACUUAAUUGAGACUAGAAGUUAGGCUCUCUGAAGUUGUUUUUACUUUUCAUUAUGAUUUUACAUCGUCUCCAUUCAGGGAGGGUUUGUCAGCGCUCCCCAACCCUCAUUAGUGUUUGCCGUGCUCAGAGCAUAUAAGGCGGUCACUGCUUCCUCUAGCAUAAAACCUGUUUUGUUACUUGAGAUUAAAAAAAAAUGCACCAGGGAGAACAAAAGGCCAGAGUUUGAUGUAUAAAAGCCAAAGAUAACUGUGGUCUCUGUGAAGCCCAAGAAGUCCUUAAUACAAUUCUAAUCAAAACACUCUCCCUCCUGUGCUGGCUGAUGGCUGGGAUCUCAGAGCAGAUCCUCUCAUUAAAAGACAUGCUUAGCAGUGGGGAAAAGAAAAAUUAAACUGAGAUGUCAUUGCAGGAUAAGAAGUAAUAUCUCACCUUAUGAGAAGCAAAGAGGAGGUUGCUCAGGUGGUGUCUAGCAGAGCAACCACACCCUAGCAUGCUGACUGGAUCAAGGAAAUCCACGUUAAACACAACCCUCAGAAAAGGGGGAAGGAUUAUUUUGCACCCUGAGCUCUUCAUCCACCUUAUUGCCUGCCCAGCCCCACCGGUGGGUGUACCAGCACAGCAGUGAGGGUGAUGAACUGUAGGAAGGUCUUGAACUUCCCUUGUUGCCAAGAGGAAGGUCAGUAGCCACUGCCCAGGCUCCCCCAAAACACCCAAGCAAACACACAGGCAGCAGAGGGGCAAAAUAAGGGUUGGGGGGUCAUUCUCACCCUUCCUAGGCUGCCCCGAUGGGAGAGCAGCCAGUGGGCCAGGUCAUCCCUCUGAGUACCAGCUCUCCCUGUAAAACCCCUUCACUGCUUGGAUGGCACUGAGCUGCUUGCCGAAUGGGAUUUGCAUGGGGCUUCACCAGAGCAACAUCACUGCCACUGUGGCUGAGGCUGCCUUUCUCCCAGGUCUGAAAUAAACUCAAAUGAAACCGUG